CGCCAGAAACUGCCGAUAAAGAUUCACAUUGUUAUCGAUAAACUGUAGGACUGUCGAGCGGUGCGAAAUAUUUAAACGAUAUAAAAACUACAAAGUUCACAUUUUACUACUUUUCGGCGACAAAGAGUUGUCGCAACAACCGACGUUUCACGACAGCGAAGGUUGUAUUCGAUUGGACGUUGUGUGCCGUAAACCGUGUCGGUCAGAGAACGCAUGGGACUGAAGUACGCGGCGUGUGUGUUCAUCUAACACGAUGGAGGCGAAAUCCAAAAAGCCCUUUUCCCCUAAAGGUGGAAAGAAGCUCACACAGAAAGGAAAAGAUUCCAUAGGGACCAAACUUGGUGGAAAACCAGGCGGUAAAAAGCCCUUUAAACCGUACAACAACACAGAGAGGAAGGGCAGACCGUGGAAGGGUGGAGAUGGUGACAAAAAACAACAGAAGUUUGCUUUCUCCAAAGCCGGGAACGGACCACAGAAGAGGAAACUGCCACAUUUUAAAGGGAAAAAUGAAGAAGACAGCGGUGAAGGUCCGGUGGCUAAGAGGACAAAGAAAGGCGAGUUCAAGCCAAAGUCGAAGGAGCUGUCGAAGGAGGAUCUGAAGAAGAACAGACAGCAGAGGAAGAAAGACCUGAAGAACAACAGGCAGCAGGCAGAGAGGAAGGACAUGUUCCAGAUCAUCUGUCAGGCAAAACGAGUGUGGGGAGACCUCAGGAGGAAAAACUGUGACAGUGACUUGAAGAAGAAACUGAUGAAGGAGCUUCAUGAUUUGAUCCGCGGGAAAAUCAAACAGAUGGCGUUUGCUCACGACUCUGUGAGAGUGCUGCAGUGUUUCAUCCAGUUUGGCAGCCACGAGCAGAGACAGGAAACGUUUGAGGAGCUCAAAGAUGACGUGAUUGGUUUAUGUAAGUCGCAGUACGGCAGACACGUGGUGAAAAAGCUGCUGAUGUACGGGAACAAGGAGCUGGUGGCGGCUGUGAUGCAAACAUUUAAAGGUCACGUGAAGUCGAUGCUUCGCCACGCCGCCGCCUCGUCCAUCAUCGAGUACGCCUACAACGACAAAGCCGUGCUCGCACAGAGGCUCAUGCUCACUGAGGAGCUGUACGGGAACACCUUCACCAUCUGCAAGUCAUCAGUGUGUAACACCAUUGAGAAAGUUGCAGAGGGGAACCCGGACAAGCUGAACAACAUCCUCGACGAGAUGAAGCAGAUUCUCACACCCAUGGCCCAGAAAGAACAAGUGAUCAAACACUCUUUGGUCCACAAAGUCUUUCUGGACUUCUUCCAGUUUGCGCCCGACAAACAGAGAACGGAGAUGAUCGAGUCCAUCAGAGAGUCGGUCGUCUACAUGGCUCACACACACGACGGAGCACGAGUGGCAAUGCACUGUCUGUGGCACGGGUCAGCCAAGGACAGAAAAGUCAUCAUCAAAACUAUGAAGACGUACAUGGUGAAGUUUGCCACGGGGGAGUUCGGUUACCUGGUUCUUCUGGCCAUGUUCGACUGUGUGGACGACACCAAGCUGGUCAAACAGGCCGUGCUCUCAGAGAUCCUGACAUCUCUGGAGGAAGUCAUCGGCAAUAAAUACGGUAAAAAGGUUUUGUUGUACCUGCUAAGCCCCAGAGACCCUGCUCACCUGCUGCCGGAGAUCAUCAAGGUGCUGGAGCAAGGAGACGGAAACGCACACAGUAAAAAGGACAUGGCGCUUCGGAGGAAGGAGCUGCUAGAAGUCGUCUCCCCACCACUGCUGGAGUAUCUCCGUGACAACGCCGCCACCAUGGUGACAGACAAGGCGACCAGCGUCACAGUCAGUGACAUCUUGGCAUCAGCGUGCGGGGACCUGCAGCCCGCCAUGACGGCUGUGGCUCAGCUGGCCAAUCAGGAGUUGUUACCAGGAGGGAUCAGUGGACAGCUUCACAUGGCCGAGCAUCCAGCAGGACACCUGGUGCUGAAAUGGCUCAUAGAGCAGGACAUGACACUAGCAGAGGCUGGCAAAGAAGAGCGGUUCGGCAGGAUACUGGUGGACACAGUGGGAACAGACAACCUGAAGAGCUGGAUCAAAGUCAACAGAGGAGCCAUGGUGCUCUGCAGCCUCCUGAACAGCUGUGACAAGUCUGUGGCUGCUGAGGUGAAGACAGCGCUGGAGUCCAUCAAGUCAGAGCUCAGCAGCAUGAGCAACAACAAAGGAGCUGAAAUCCUGCUGGAGAAUCUGAACAAGUAGAGACGUUUUUUUUUUUGUUUUUUUUAUUUCAAACAAACCGGUGAUGUCAAACGCAUCACUUACUGUGCAGCAGUCCAGCCUUUCUCCACAAAACGCCUACAAGACUGCGAGUAUGUGAAGCUGCAGAUGGGAACAUUUUCAGGAAGUGGAUACAGCCUGUAACCUUCAGUCCCUGAUGGAAAAAUGGAUGCAAGUUUGUGUGGAAGUGUUGACAGUUCUAUGUGUUAAAAAUAAAAUUAGUGUUUGGAGGACAAAGUGAUGCUACGUGAAAACAAGGUUAAAGCACACAGACGCUUCUGGUGGGCUUUUACAAAACAUGAAUCCUUAAAUUAAUAACUUCAAUAAACCAUCAAUAAAUGCUCAGCUGGUAAAAUAAGAACUGCGCUCUUUGAGCUGCUGAAAGCGAAACAUCUGCAGGAAGUGUGAGACCACGGCUUCAUGCAGAAUAAAAACUGCUGAAUAAAAUUUAACAGGAUGAUUGUCAGAGAAGAAAACUGAUUAAGUUAUUAAGACAACACGUAAACAUGCAAAUGUUGAGCUUUUUGCAUCUACUGCAAAUGAAAAUAGAGCAGAUCAUAAACGAGAGACUUCUUACUAACAUAUAACACAAGAACAUUUGAGAACAAAGGCCUGCAGUUGAGGUAAAUGAGGAAAAAACUGUUUGAGGAUUUAUGGGAUACAAACAAAGGCGCUUUACAGGGUCUGCUUGCCCAAAUCACAGAACACAUCGCCGUCCUCUUUAUGAUUUCAAUCCAUGCAGAUGGUUUUCAGAUUUCUGUGUGAGUCCCUGUUGGUCAAAACAGAGACAGAAAUCUUCAAAUCAGUGACUUGUUCCAGUCAGUCCUGAGUAACUGUUCCAUCCUGCUUCAGAUUUUUUUUGUAAUAUUUUGUACCUUGUGAGAGAGAAUUGUAUCAGCUAAGAAGAAUAAAGAUUAUUAUGAGGA